CGCGUUCUUCACUUGUGUCCCUCCACGUCAGAGCCAUGGACGCUGUCAAGUUACUCUACGCAACGCUGAGCCGCGACUGCCCGGUGGUCGCGAUCGCGCUCGUCGCGCUUGGCUCCCUUAGCCUCCUGAAGUUCGCGUGGAAGACGACAUGCUUCCUCCUGCAGACCUUCGUCCUCCCCGGAAAGAGUCUCGAGAAAUUCGAUGCCAAACAGGGCGCGUGGGCGGUCGUGACCGGUGCGACGGAUGGCAUCGGGAAGGAGUUCGCGCUGCAGCUGGCGAAGGCGGGCUUCAACAUCUUCUUAGUGUCGCGCACGCCGGCGACGCUGGCAGCGGUUGGGCAGGAGAUCGAGCAAAAGUACCCCGGCGUGAAGACCGCGUUCCAUGCGAUCGACUUUGCGAAGGCUGAUGAGAGCGCGUAUGAGGGGCUUGCGGCAGCGUUGAGGGAGCACGACGUCAGCGUCCUGGUCAACAAUGUCGGCAAGUCGCACAAUAUGCCCGCCUACCUUGUCGACGUCCCGAAGGACGAAAUGCUCGACAUUGUAAACAUCAAUGUCACCGCGACCCUCCGUGUCACCUACGCGGUCCUUCCGGGCAUGGUCCAGAAGAAACGCGGUCUCAUCCUCAACAUCGGCUCCUUCGCCGGCGCGGUCCCCUCACCCAUGCUCGCGCCCUACUCUGGCACCAAGGCCUUCCUCUCCACCUUCUCCGACGCGCUCGGCGCCGAGGUCAAGAAGGACGGUAUCACCGUCGAGCAUGUUAACACCUACUUCGUCGUCUCCAAACUCUCCAAAAUCCGCAAGCCGAGCCUCUUCAUCCCCACACCCGCCCCCUUCGUGCGCUCCGUGCUGGGCAAGAUCGGCCUCGCGUGCGGCGCCGCGUACAGCGGGCGCCCGAACACGUCGACGCCGUACUGGUCGCACGCGCUGAUGGACUAUGCCAUGACGCUGGUGGGCGUGAAGAGCUUGUUCAUCGAGCACACGCACCGAUUGCAUGUGGAUAUCCGGCGGAGGGCGCUGAGGAAGGCGGAGAGGGAGGCGAAGCAACAGUGAGGAUGUAUGGCUUUUUGAGAGCGCUUGGGAUAGACAGGCAUGCCGUGAGGGAGCAAAAUGUAUCCUGCUACAUACUACAUCUGAAGCUCGGAGACCUGCUCUUAAUUUCUGAAGGGAAACCGUGAGAGCACGAGACGGAAUUCCACAUUCGUGCAGAUAACACCAAGGCGGCACUGCAAUGACUGAGCUAUUUUCCCAUUUGCCGG